AUGUAUUGCGCCUCGCCUCGCCGUUGCCUCGAGCACCGGCGUUUUCUCUUCUGGCCUGCGAUUGCCAGUGCGAUCGUGGGUCUUCUCUACCUGCUUUACGUUUUUCUGCUGCCCCAGCUGCUGCGAUUCGAUUUCCGCUUCGGAUUGAGCUGGUACGACCUCGGCGCCCACGGGUUCGGUCCGUCAAGGGGCUAUGUCUCCUUCGAAAAUGAGUCGCCUGUCCUCGAGAUUACAGAGCCCGAGGGCAGCGCUGGAUGUGACUCGCGUUAUACGUUUCUGGCACCGCGCGGGGACUCGGUCCCUCAGUCGGGGCCCAUGAUCCUCGACGCCCAGGGGGAGCUGGUGUGGAUGAAGCAUAACUGGGACACAACGCAGGACUUCAGAGUCCAGCAGUAUCGUGGCGAGGACUUCCUGACCUACUGGGAGGGCGACCAGGUCGAGGGGAGAGGGUACGGGACGUGGUAUAUGCUCGACUCUACGUAUACGCCUCGCUACGUGAUCAAUCCGGUCGGAAACUACGGCGCUGACCUGCACGAAUUCCACAUCUCGACCGACGAGACAGCUCUGGUGACGAUAUACGACCCUACCCUGGCGGAUUUGACCUCAAUGGGCGGCCCCGAGAUUGGCUGGAUAUACGAUGGUUUAUUCCAAGAAAUCGACAUUGCAACUGGCGAUUUGAUCUUCGAAUGGCGAGCAUCAGAGCAUCUCGAUAUCAACAUCACAUACCACCCUCUAACGGCGUCGGCGGGCAAUCGACGGGACUCUGCCUUUGAUUACUUCCAUAUAAACAGCGUCGACAAGCAUACGGACGGGAACUAUCUCAUCUCGGCGAGGCAUUUCCAUGCAGUUUUCUGCGUCUCCAAGGACACGGGCGAGAUUCUCUGGACUCUUGGUGGCAAGGCAAACGACUUCCAGGACCUCUCCGACGGUAAAGCGACGGACUUCGCCUGGCAGCAUGACGCUCGCUGGCAUCCAGAGAUAAACGCCCUGACCAUCUUCGACAAUACGGCCCAUUCCGGUGACGACCCGAAGUCUGCGAGCCGGGGCAUGGUCGUCUCCCUUGAUAUCCCUAACCGACAGGCAACUCUGCGCGGCGAGUAUCACCAUCCGUUUCACAUCCAGACUGUCUCCCAGGGCAAUGUGCAGCUUCUUAAUGGCACCAACCAUGUACUCGUUGCCUGGGGUCACAGUGCAGCAUACAGCGAGUUCAGCGCGGACGGACAGUUGGAAUGUAAUGUGCACUUCGGGGCCUCCGCCUACUUCAAUUUCGGGCGUGUUGUCUCGUACCGCGUGCUCAAGGGCGAGUGGACUGGGAAUCCCCAGACUGAGCCUGACGCUGUAGUCUCUGGGGACAUGAUCUACGUGAGCUGGAACGGCGCAACCGAAGUCGCAUCCUGGCGCCUUGAGACGAUAGAUUUCAGCAUCAACAACACCAUCACCGGCGAGCUGGACCUUGGCGGUGAUGCUGUCACCAUAGGAGAAUACGCAAAGACGGGAUUCGAGACCGAGAUUCCCAUUCCCAGCGACUUGGACAGUCCGAUAUUCCGUCUGGCAGCACUGGAUGCGGAUGGCAAUGUUCUGGAGUUUACAGUCCCACUCCAAAGAGAUUCUGAUGAAUCCUCCACUGAUGAUGUGCUCGAUCUACACUAUUUGAUUGUAGGAAUCGCCAUUGUCGCCGGUAUGUGUGGCCUGGUUGCUGCAGUGUACCGAAUAUGGCCUUCAUGUCGGGGUCGUCGCCGUCGCAAUGAAUACCAUCUGGUUCCAGUCCGUGAGCAUGAGCGCAACGACGUUAACCGUGACCCUCACUGA